CUCACUCUGGGAUUGAGAGUCGCUGCCGUUUAGGGGGCGGUCGCCAUGGCCAAGUGGUUCUGGGCGGGUGCUCUUUCCAUCGUCGUUGUGGCUUCUCUCGUGGCCCCAACACGCUGGCGCACUCCCUUGGCCGCGCUGGCUGCAGCCUGUGCGCUUGCCCUGGCAUGGCGGCCACGCACGAAGGCAGCCGUCCAGCAGGAACGCUAUCCCAAACAGUAUGUGGCCAGGAGAGGCACAGUCGCGCCCAUCGAUGGUGACUUGGAGAAGGCGGUCUGGCGACUGGCGCCAUGGUCGGAGCCCUUCUCGGAGAUUCGGGGCCCCGAUGCGCCGAAGGGGACGCAGCCCCGGCCCGAGGAGGCCACCAGAGUGAAGAUGCUUUGGGAUGAUGAGUACUUGUACAUUGCAGCGGUCAUGGAUGUGGAUGCUGGAAAUGAGCUGGUGGCCCUCUUCAAGGAGAGGAACUCCCCCAUUUUCCACACCGACUCCGACUUCGAGGUCUUCCUUGACCCGGCGGGCUGCUGCCAUGGCUACAAGGAGCUAGAGAUCAAUGCGUUGAACACGGUGUGGAACCUCCUCUUGGAUCGACCCUACUCCGAUGGCGGGGGCGAGUACAGCGGUCGCAUCGCCCAGAAAGGCGAACCUCGGUGGUGGGAUGUGGAGAAGCAGAAGACAGCGGUGAAAGUCACGAAAGGUCAGAUCGGGUUCGCCCCUUCCAAGGCCCAGUGGUGUGUAGAAGUGGCGCUGAGGCACAGUGAGAGCCUCUCCCAGGCGCCUCAGCGAGGCGCUGAGCCCUCUGUGGGAAGCUUCUGGCGGAUCAACUUUAGCCGCGUGGAGAAGCAGGGGAACGUGAAUUGGGUCUGGUCGCCCCAAGUGGUGUGGUCUCCAGCAGAACGGCGUUAUGUCGGGCAGGUGAACAUGCACUUGCCGGAUGCCUGGGGUUAUGUGGUCUUUGCUGAUGAGGCAGGGAAGCUCCACGAUGGCAGCAGCGGGGAGGACUUCCGGGAUCCCGGGUUCCCUGCGCGGCACACCGCCGCAUGUUUGUACUAUGCUUGCCGGGCAUUCCGCGAGGCCACCGGCCGCUUCCCCGCACUCCAAGAGCUACGCGCGCGGCAAAUGCUUCCGGAUCUACGAGACGCCACAGUCCAGCUGCGGUCCAGGACUGACGGCUACGUGGCAGAGGUGCGAGUGGGCGGUCAGAGGGUGCAGGUGAAUCAUCUGCGAUUGAUGAGCGUCCUGUCGUCGGCGUGACCAGGAACGCGCGAUCAGAAUCGAUUAGAGGUGGAAACGUCGCCUGGUGAUUGCUGGUCAAAAGUCUUUGCGAAUCAGUGCCAGGUCAGGACUUGGCAGCUUGCUGUUUUAAUCAUUUUCUCACCCUCACCAAGCCUCGCUUGCUUUGACACAUGUAACAUCUAGACACUUUUCCAAAAACAUGACCGAAUCAAGCUGUGGCCAUGGUUCAAAAUAGAGCACCAAGUCCGUC